CUGAUCUGUGAGGUAACACACCAGCAUCUGAGGUAUCUGACCGCGAUUAGGGCCAGAUUCCGUCCACAAAGUUACAAGUCUGAUGAGUACGACCUGAGUCGCAACGAGGCAAUCAACACAUCCCAAAACUCCAGAUUGAGGAGAGGCCCUGAGAGUGUGCUGUGCUCAGUCUUUCCCCAAGCAGCUAUGGCGUUUCGACCCAAAGGCUUGACAUGGACUCAGCCUCCGGCCAUCAGGAAGCGGCUGCACAGAAGUCUUAGCUGGAGCAAGCAACCAAAGCUGCCAAAGCCUAACUGCUGGUUUGAUUUCAAACGCUGCCUGAGUAAUCUCGAGUCACAAGUCAACCAAAUCCGGUGGCAAACGGAUCGUCAGCUGUACUUUAGCACAUUAGAUCCUAGCCCAGAUACUACUACUACUACUACUCAUAAAGGUCAGCCGAAGCAAAAUAGUGUACGUGGCAUUCUGCAGACCGAGCAGAAGAAGGCACCGGCAGAGGCUACCAGUCGUAGCAGGCGGAAACAGGAGGUAGUCCACGAUCAUGGCGCUCCGCGGUGGUCCGCGGACAACCCGCCGCCGCCAUCUGUGCAAGCGUCAUCGGCAACGACCGUACGGUUUGCAGCAGACGGGAGCAAAGAGCGUGAGGGCGUCGUCAUUACCGAGGAGGAGUUUCGGGCGCUGGAGGCACAGGUUCGAGACCCGACCGAACCUCCCUGUUUUCCUGUGGAGCUGCGGGCUGCUGUGAAAAUGCUGGAGUUUGCCCUCGCUCAUCCCUUGUCCGGAAAGAGCGCCAAAGUUUGGAACUACCAGAAGCCGAAUCGGCUCGCUGCGGUGCGAUCAGAGGAGAACAGGCGGGCUCGCAUGAGGCGUAGAGGAGUGGGAGAGGGAGGGGGAGGGGGACGGGGAGGUGAUGGAGAGGAGGAAGAUGUGCGCGAGAAGGCGAUUGCUAAGGAGGGGGCAAAAAUGAGGUAUCAGCUUGCACGGGAAGAUCGUGUUGUUGCCACGAUUGAGCACAUUCUAUCCAGAAUGAAAACGCGGCUUCUAUUAGUUGAAAGAGAUUUGCAACUGGCAUUGGCUUCUUCGACCAAGAGCAAGCCAUUCUCGAAGCACCAGAAGGCACAAAAUAGAUGACCUAGCUAGGUAAUCAUCACGACUCAAAAACUCUUUUUAAAACGAAGGCGCGAGAAAACUGAGGGCAUACUCACACUACCAAAGUUUCGUGGGAAAAUCCGGUCGUAAUUGCGGUCAGAUUCUUCACCCAACCCCUCUUCCCCCGAACACAACGCCCCUGCAUCAUGAUGGCUGUGUUCGGACCGGAACAGGACUUGCAUACUGUUAUGCUGAUAGGAGGCGCUAUGUUCAAGGAAAGAAGGUAGUGUGAUCAUCCUUCAAACAUACUAAGUCUUAUCGGCCGCGGGCCGUCUGUUUGACCUCAACUGGGGUGUUUGGCUGUCCGAUCAAAGGCAUGGAGGUGAAACUAGGCUGUACCAGAUGCAGAUGGCCAUUCGAGUCUACCCUGUGGUGGGACUGUCCAGCAUCCUAAAGGAUCUGUAACUGGUGGACACACCAUUGGAGAGAAGCUGAUGGUCAGGGCGUAACAUGGGAUGAAAGGUGGGUGCUGACGGGCUUCCUUCCCCCGAAUGCAGUAAGUCACCGGGGUUGGGGAUACAUCGCACACGCGGUCAGGGGCUUGAUCUGCGAGAUCAUCUGGUUGGACAGAAAUGGCUCGCGAUUCCAGGAGAAACUCAUGUCGAAUCAAGAAAUCAAGUGCAGGAUAAAGAAAGGCUUAAAGC